AUACUGAAACGCAACCGAUCAAGCAGACGCGAAUCUUAACCAGAAGCAGACGAUAACACGGUGUGCAGUGCAUUCUUGCCAGAUCACAAGCAGAAACCUCUUUGCCGAUUGCAGACGUGAAAAUACCAUUGCAGUCUCGUUGAGAAGGUGGCUAUUUCUUGUGCCAUUCUGCUGUUUUAGAAAUAAUCUAGCUUUACAACAGUCAAACAUAUCAACAGCUUUUGUGUGAUAUUAACAUUAUAUUUUCAAGAUGCCGUUUGAACACCCAGUGCCCGUGAGGAGAGAGGAGUGGAGUUUCUUUGACCGACAGAAGUCGAUCUUUACGUCCAUGCAUGCGGGUGAAGAAGACCUGUGGAAAGAUUUUGACCAAGAGUUGGAAAAGUUAAAAAAAGAAAUGUUUCAGUUGACCCCCAUGGAUGCAGGGGCGCUGGGCUCCAGUAUGAUGCCCAGCCUCACUGGACUCAACAACACCACCGGAUCAUCAUCCGGAUCCCCCGGAUCCUCUAAGAAGGUCACGAGCAUGUCUAAGACUGUCACCACGAAAACCACAACCACCAGAACUUCCGGCGGCAAGACCGACUCUUCGUUCGAAUCUUCGUUCGAUUCCGCCUUCCAGACCGGAAUGGGCAGCAGCGCGCUGGAUUCCGCCUUCGGGUCCAGCAUGAUGCCCAGUCUGAGUUCCGGGAUGGGUUCCACGGAUUCGCUGAUGUUGAAGGUUGACAAGCCUUUCGUUACCGACAUGGACGGCAACAAAAAGCUCUCUCUUCGUUUCGACUGUUCUAAGUUCAAGCCAGAAGAAAUAUCGGUGAAAACCCUAGACAAUAAGCUGAUGGUUGGAGCGAAGCAUUCCGAGGAAACCGCGACCAGCAAAAUAUACAGGGAGUUCAGCAAGCAGUAUAUACUCCCAACCAAGAUCGACCCACUUCUGCUCAGUUCUAUUCUGGCCAAGGAUGGAGUACUAUCGAUCGAAGCACCUGCACCAGAUGCCAUAGAAGCUCCAAAGGAACGAAUUUUGCCAAUCAGUCGUUUGGCUAUUUAAACUCUUUCGAAUUGACUUCUUGUUUCACUGCAGAUGAUGUUUCCGCAAAUUUGUUAAUUUAGAUACAUGCUUUAAGGAUUUGAUAAUCAUGAGACUUCGAUGGAGUUCAUUUUUGAUAACAGUGCAAUUUUGGGGGUAUUUUAAAAAUAUGGAUACAGUAUGCUGUAUUUAGGUAGGUGUAAAUAAUUUUGAGAUUUAUAAUCGUGAUUUAAAGGUGACAUAUUUGAGAAAAUGUGCAGCAUUACAGACACAAAACAAUUUUUUUAUUUUUAUAAUGACAGUAUUAGCAUCGUUUAGACUUCUUUUUUUCAGUAUUCUUAUCACUUUCAUGGACACAUUUAUUGUGAGAGAAAAAACAAUUAAAAUUUAAAAAAAAGAAAAAGAAUUUCAUUGUACAGAUAGAUUGGUCAUGUGCACGGUUUUCAAUAAUAUAUUUGUUUAUUUCAAGUACAUAUGUUAUAUAAAUAAUGUUUUCUAUCUAAUCAUUAUACUUAUUUUCCCAAUCGAGUACCACUGUGUCCCUAUCUCUAUUUGUCUUUCUGUCAUGUUCAGCCGCUUUUUAGUUUUCUUUCUAGUUUUUGUUUUCUAAAUGCGUAUUCCAUCUUGCCAUCAUAGAUAUUUUUUAUGAAAUGCUUUAUGUUUUAGUUAUCAUUAUUUUGGGUUUCUUGUAGAUUUACAAGUUUGAUUCAUUUGAUUAUGUUAAUUGUGGAGAUGUUCAGUUUUAAAAUGUUUCAAUCCGAUUUUCAACUGCACUAUUGUGCACUUUUUAAAUUCAAUACAAAACGAUUUUCCCACACGACUUUGCCGAAUAAAUGUUUGUUUUAAUGUCA